UCCUAAAUUGACUGGCUGGGAACUUUUUCCGGCGAUGGCAGACAAUUGGUCCGUCCAUUUCAUACGUUCUUCAAACCGGAUAGUCGGCAAGUGGGAGGAUUUCAGUACAAAUCCCCCCAUUGUUGUAUUCGCAAGUUCUACAAUCUCUAAUCCCUUGCUCUUUUCCUUGUGUUUCUAUCUCUAUAUGUACCACCAUAACGUCUUCUUCUUCUCUGCCAUUAUUGGGAGCAGAGAAGGGAAGAUCAUCCAUCAAUCAUGUCAAUGUACGGUGCUCCGCCUCCCCCAUUGCUGCAAAACCCGGGCGCCUCCGAGGAUUACUGCCUGGGACGGAUUCUCCUCCAUUCUCCAGGAUUAUGGCCGGCCGAGGUUAAUCCAGAGAACUUUCACUUCUUCACUUAUUCCCUCCCUCGUAUGCUUGCACAGAUAGCUCUCAUAUUCUCGCUCACUCAGGCGCUCUAUUUGUUACUCAAGCGCUUCCGGUUGCCUCGCCUUGUCUGUGAACUUUUGGCUGGUAUCAUCUUGGGGCCAACGGUGCUGGGAAGAUUUGAGUUUAUAAAACUUUAUUUGUUGAUAGAACCGACCGACGGUUACAUAAUUUUAUUGUCAAAAUUUGGGUACAUGUUCUUUAUGUUCCUGAGUGGAGUGAAGAUGGACGCAGGAUUGAUGUCCAGAACUGGUGUGAAGGCGUGGACAAUAGGAGCCCUUGCUGUUGCCAUCCCAAAUUUUGGGUUUACAGUCUUCAGUGACGUCAUGUUACCGGAGUAUUCACAGAUUCACCGAUAUAGACGAUCAGCUAUUUCGACUAUCUUGAGAGUGACCAGUCAGUUUUCAUUUCCCGUGAUUGCAGCUCUCCUUGUUGAUUUGAAAAUUAUGAACUCUGAACUUGGCCGUCUUUCCAUGGCAACUGCAUUGAUCGCUGAUUUGGGCAGUAAUGUCUACUUGUCUGUCUACACCAAUUUGAAGUUGGGAGCCAUGGCUGCCAUGGAUGUGUUAUCGAUACAUGCUUGUAUUCUGAGUGUGGCGUGUAUGUCGCUUAUAGCAUUCACAUGCCGGCCCCUUUCAGCAAUGAUAAUCAAGCGGACGCCCGAGGGGAAGCCAGUAGAUACAGCCUAUAUCGUUUUGUUCGCUUAUCUGGUUUUUUUGGCAGCCGUGUUGACUGACAAUGCAGGGAUGAGUUUCCAGUAUGGUCCUUUUAUACUCGGUUUGGCUGUGCCAGAUGGGCCGCCUUUGGGAUCUACACUGGUGGACAAGAUGGAUACAAUGGUGUCAGGGCUACUGGCGCCGCUUAUGGUGACUUACACUGGUAUGAAAGUGAACCUAAAUGAAUUGUAUGAUCUGGAGUUUAUUGUGUAUGUGUGGAUUACUGUCCUCUCAUGCUAUGCUUUCAAAUACUUUUCGGUUUUCACCCCGGCUUUAGCCUGUGGAGUUACUAUCAAAGACGCUGCUUCUCUUGCUUUCAUCUUGGGCACGCAGGGCAUUAUGCAGGUAGCUCUUUACUUGAACACCUACGUGAAUCAAACGUUGGAUAGGGAUACCUUCUCGAUGCUGGUGGUAUCUGUGUUGAUCAUUGCUACAGCCUCGCAUCUAGUUGUGGCGUAUAUGUAUGACUAUUCAAGGGCGUAUUCUGGGUAUCAGAAGAGAGACAUCCAACACAAUUCUGGCAACUCUGAGCUCAGACUGCUAACCGUUGCUCAUCGCCUAGAUGAUGUAUUGGCAGCGAGGAAGCUGUUAGAUCUUUCUUAUCCUUACCGAGAGAGUCCUCUUUCGAUCUACUCGCUGUUCUUGGUUGAGCUUGUUGGCAGGGCAACCCCGCUGCUAAUUGAUCACCAGUUAGGGCAAAAGAAUGCAUCUACCAACUCGCGUUCCCAGAAAAUGGUGGACGUGCUUCACGCGUUUGAGCUGCAGUACAUGGGGUGUAGUUUCGUGCAGUUCUUCACUUCGGUAUCGCUGCAGAAGUUCAUGCACCACGACAUUUGCACCCUCGCGUAUGACAAGCUCACAUCCAUGAUCAUACUUCCGUUCCACCGGAAAUGGAACCAGCAGGGCAAGCUCACCCAGGACAACAAGAGCAUCAGGUUGAUGAACAACAAUGUGUUGGAAACGGCUCCUUGCUCCGUAGCCAUUCUGAUAGACCGUCAGAAGGCAAAGAGCCAGGCGCAAAAGCCAUCCCCCAUGCAACACGUGAGCGUUAUAUUCCUGGGAGGAGCCGAUGACCGCGAGGCAUUGUCCUACGCCAGACGCAUGUCAAGAUCACCCACGGUUUACCUCACUGUCGUGCGCUUUGUUCCGUGGGACCCCGAGCUGAGCGACAACCAGUGGGAUGCUGUCCUCGACGCAGAGCUGUUGAAGGACACCCGGUUUCAGGCUCAGCAGCAGGACAACAUCGUUUACAGAGAAGAAAGGGUGAAGGAUGGGGCGGAGAGCGCUCUCCUCAUACACGACAUGGAAGAAGCCUUCGAUCUCAUCUUGUUGGGGAGGCGCCAUAGAAAUGACAUGCCGCAGCUGAUCGGACUUAACGAGUGGAACGACAUACCUGAACUGGGGCCUUUAGGAGAUCUGUUUGCUGUGGGUGAUAUCGCUUCACCUGUCUCAGUUGUGGUGGUGCAACAACAAAAUACCAAGACCAAAUGAGCAAGUUAGGCUUCAAUUUGUAGCAGCUCCCCUCAUUGUAUCAAAUCAGAUUUCCUCAGAUGUUUCAUUCUUGUGUUCCCUGGUUGAUUGUCUGCUUACAAGUUUACAACCCAAUCAUACAUCUAUACUAUUAUUGUUGUAUCAAGUGUGCAUGAUGAUAAGCACUUCUUGUAAUCAAUCAGCUGAGAUGCAAUUACA